AGAGCCAUGGAAGCUUUAUUAUUCAUCAGUCAAUUAACUUAUCAAAACUCCCCAACAGCCAUUACCAAAACCUUCACUCUCUUCGUUUUCAUGGCUUUCAUUUCUGCCAUUUUUUCUCAAUGUUACCGUAAGAGGAAACACUCAGUUCUCCAACUCCCACCAGGCCCAAAUCCAUGGCCUCUCGUGGGCUGCCUCCCAGCAAUGUUGGCCACAAAAUCACCAAAAUACAAAUGGAUUCAUGCAGUGAUGAAGCAAUUCGACACUGAAAUCGCAUGCAUUCGUCUCGGAAAUACCUACGUAAUGCCAGUGACUUCUCCAGAACUGGCUGUUGAAUUUCUCAAGAGACAUGACUCUGUCUUUGCAUCACGUUCCACCAUCUCCAACACUGUCAAUGUCUUGUCUCGUGGACUUCUUACCACAGCUUUUUCACCAUUGGGACACCAAUGGAAGAAGAUGAGAAGAAUACUUGCAUCGGAAAUAUUCUGUCCAUCGACUCUUCAUCAGAUGCUUGGCCACAGAACUAACGAGGCCGAUACUCUUCUUCGUUAUAUUUUCAGCCUUACCACUACUAACACUGUCAAUAAAGACGGUGCAGUUGUUAAUGUGAGAAGCGUAACACAACAUUACUGUGGUAACAUUAUCAGAAGAAUGCUAUUCAACAAAAGGUACUAUGGCAAAGGGAGGGAAGAUGGAGGGCCAAGUUUUGAAGAAGAAGAGCAUAAUCAAGCGUUGCUAACAAUUCUAAGGCAUGUUAAUGCAUUUUCUAUAUCAGAUUUCAUGCCUUGUUUGAAGCCAUUUGAUUUGGAUGGACAUGAGAAGAUCAUGAAAAGAGCUUUGAAAGCCCUUUGGAAGUAUGAUGAACCAAUUAUAAAUGAGAGGGUGCAACAAUGGAAAGAUGGGAAAAGGGAAGGCGCAGAGGACAUUCUUGAUAUCCUCAUUUCAACUAAAGAUGGGAAUGGAAAAUCGUUGCUGACAAUUGACGAGAUCAAGGCUCAAAUCACAGAACUACAAAUUGCAACGAUCGAUAAUCCUUCGAAUGCAGUGGAGUGGACAAUGGCAGAAUUACUCAAUCAACCAAAGAUUCUCCAAAAAGCAAUUGAAGAAUUGGACAGAGUAGUCGGAAGAGAAAGACUUGUUCAAGAGUCUGACAUCCCAAAACUCAAGUAUCUCACGGCUUGUGCCAGAGAAUCCUUUCGACUUCAUCCAUUUUCACCUUUCAAUAUUCCUCAUGUCUCAAACGCUGACAUCGUUGUGGCCGGUUACUUUAUCCCGAAAGGUAGUGAAGUCAUUCUGAGUCGGUCAGGACUCGGUCGAAACCCAAGGAUUUGGGAGGAUCCGAUGCGUUUCGAUCCAGAACGUCAUCUCAAGGAUGAGACAGUUGAACUGGGAUUAUCAGAACCAAAUCUAAGAUUCAUUAGCUUCACCCGAGGAAGAAGAGGCUGUGUGGGUAGCUCAUUGGGCACAAACAUAACCAUGAUGCUACUUGGUAGGUUGCUGCAAGGGUUUUCAUGGAGCUUACCAUUUGGAACAACAAAGAUAGAAUUCUCUGAGGCCGAUGAACUCUCCCUCCCGAAGCCAUUACACUUGCAUGCAAAGCCACGCCUGCCUCAUAUUAUGUACCCAACUUCUUGAUCAUCAAACAUAUAAAAUAGGCUAGUUGUCCUCUUGCUUGCCGAAUAUUCCUGUAUUAUUUCUAUGUAUUCUCGCUUGCUUAUGUGUCUGUGAACUUAUAAAUGUUGUGUGAAUAAUAAAAUGAAUUAGGGUCAAAGCGUACUUAGUUAAGCGGUAAUUCAUAUAUACCUCAAAUCAAGAGGGUGUGAGU